CUUACUCCGCUGAGAUGGUCGCCUUAGAUUUCCUUACUCCGCUAAGAUGGUCGCCUUAGAGCUUUCAAAGGCUAGAUUACCUUAUGAAUGCGUACAUGGCCAAAGUUGACAGUUACCUCCUUCAUGCAACAAUGGACGGCGCGCAUGUAGGACGUCCGGGUAAGAGAUAUUAGGGAGGCUCGCUGGGCCUUCAAGUUCAAUGUACCGUUACCGAGGAUCAGUACCACCAGCGCCGUCACAGGAAUAACAUGUGUCUCACCUCCGUCCGGCUCUUAAAACUGACAAGACUGGUGUAUACUUCAGGCUGGGACACGAGGAUUACUUGCUCUUGCUGUGGACUCAACCUGGAAUAAGGGGAUGUGACCUUGGGAAUGAGCCAUUACUGAAGCUUUACACACCAGUGGAUGGAGUGGCUCCCUAACCAAGUCCAAGACAGUGAAAAAGAAUAACAGUCGUGGAAGCAAAAAUCAGCAAUGUGGGAACCCAGAACCUCAACACCACCACAACAAACGAUGGAGAGCAAGAAGCAGAAGUGUUGUAGUGCUCUUGGUCUAAGGUUAUAUAAGUGACCAUGCGGCCCUCAAGCAGCAUGGUCCCGCCUUCCCACCACCACCACCACCACCAUGCCUCGCCUGUGUACCACCAUCAAGAGGCUGCUUCCUUUGGCCUGUUGCUGCCUGCUACUCAAUCUCCUGCUACCAGAUGACAGACAGAGGGAGGGGCACCUCGAGAACACAAGGCAGAAAGAGGGAGCAUCAAAGGACCGAAACUGGAAUGAGACGCUAGGAAACAGAAGACAGAAGGAGAAGGUCAAGCUAGGAGACGACAAACUGAGUGGGGCAAGGGUAGAAGAUGAGAGAGAUAGGGGACAGUGGGUAAGGGAGAGGCUGAGAGAGGAGGGAACGGGGCCUGCUUCACGCCACUCUUCUCUGGAUGGGUUUGAGAGGCCUGAUAGCAAGGGCUCCAUACUGGAAUUUCCUCAGUCAGUUCAGCAAUCGAGCGGUGCCUCUCCAGUGCAAGGUGACAAGAGUGAGAACGUCACCGCCCCUCUCAACCACCCAAGGAGUGUUGAAGAGGCUCUCCCACUCUGGAUGCGCGUCUCGGAUGACCUCUACGCUUACAGUGCUUUCUGGGACGCUCGGCAAGGCCUGCCAACUGGGCCUGCAGUGAGGGUUUUGGGCAUCCUUCGAUACGCCAAGGACCUGACGCAAGAGUCCCCCGGCCAACGGUCCGGUGUGGUGCGGGAGGAGGCACUCAGGUACUCGUGCUUCCUCUGGUACACUGGACAAGGAGCCGAGGAGGGGCGGCUGCGUGCCUUCAUCUAUGAGGAAGGCUGGAAGACCUUUGUGGGAACAUACUUUUUGUGUUCACCUAAGAAUGUAACGAGUAAUUCAUCCUCCCCAAGGCACGACGAGGGCCGAGUGCCUUACGCCGUGUCACUGGUGCCGCAGGGAGCCGACAGCAAGUUCCAGCGGCUGGUCUACCUCAGCACGGGCAACCAGGAGGAGCAGGGCCAUGGAGCCCACAGCGGUGCGGUGUGUGUGCGGCCACUGUUUGGCCCAUACACCAACCUGGCAGCCAUUGCUCUCUUCAUAAGUUACUAUAGCACUGUUCUUGAUGUCUCACACUUUUAUUUCUAUGAUUUUGCAAUAGACAGAAACGUUAAAGAAUUUUUGCUGCACCUGAUGGCUGGUGGCGACGUUAUUAUCCACUUGCUGGCGUGGAACAUCCCGACCAGUGAGUGGGAGGAGCUGUGGGACCUUGGCUCCCUCACUGCCAUCAACGACUGCGUCUACAGAGCGUCGGGCAAACACGGCCAUCUGGCCAUCGUGGACAUGGACGAGUUCAUCGUGCCCCGCGCCGCCAUCGCCUCCCUGGGCCAGCUGUACAGUGAUGUCAUCAAGCACAAGCGUGGAAGUGAGGGUGACUCCAUCCUGAUCCUCAACGCAUUCUUUUGCUCAGAGUUCCAGGAAAAGACGUCCGGCGGCAGCAAGGAUUUCCCCAUCUUCCAGGCCACCCUCAGGGAGCCCCGACUCUGGCCGCCCAAGUCCCGCUCCAAGAUGGUGGUGGUGCCACGGGCGGUGGUCUCCGUGGGCCACCACAUGGUGCACCACUUCCUGCUGCCUGCCUCCAAGAACCAGGCGUCGCCGAAGCUGGUGUCGGUGCUGCACCAUUACCGGGACUGUGCCGGCGUGCGGACCGGCAUCCACGCCAAGGGCUCUGAGGUAGUGAAGCGGAGGCCCAUGACAGACAAGACCAUCCUCAAGUACAAAAAGGCUGUGCUUGCCUCCAGGGUCAUGAGCCAGUACCGUCACUUCACUCUGGGUGCUCAAUGACAUGGAGGAGGGCUUCUGAAGGGUGUGUCCUCCAUGCGGAUUUCCAAACGGAAAAAAAAAAGGUAGAGAGGUGAAUCUAAGGGUCGUAUUAUAAAACAUUUCGUCGCCCAAGAACAUACAUUUGAUAAGGCUUUCGUGGGAAUUGUGGGCAUUUCCAGGAGUAGUUUUAUGACCCUGGUGGUAGUUUGGCCCUUCUUCUGUACCAUGAACCUAAAGAAACACUCAUUAGAACCCGACUGACUCCCUCUUUGACCUUUAGAAAUAGCUGAUGUGAGGAGCGAAAGUGUCUUACAAUACCGACUUAAGUGAUGUGGAUCUAAGAGCGGUGAAAAGCUAGUCCCUCCCACAACUAUUGUCUUGAGUCAACAACAACAUAGCUAAUGAAACUUCUUCAACGGCCACUCAGUUUGAUGCUCCUUCACAUCCAUGCAGACACAUACGCUAACCAGUCGCUCCCAACAGCUUCUCUUUGAAUACCUUGUUAUGUGCCUCGCUCCCCUCAUGUAUCCCACACUGAGACACAUAGGUCCUUCCCUCGUCCUCACCCACACUGUGUUCAGCUCUAUCGAAUGUUGUGUUUGAUUAUCUACUAUAUCGUAUUGAGGAUAAUUUUACUUGUGAUUGAUUAACUUUUUGGAACAUUUGUCCAAAAAAAAGUUUGUGGUAGCUACGUAGGUAUGAUUAAUUCUCAGCACAAGAGAUAGAUUUGUGAUUCUUUUUUUUAUUAUUGUAUUCGUUUAUUCAAUUCUUUUUAUUCUUGUAGGUUGUGAGGUGAAAUGAAUGACUGCGUAUACUGCGUGCUGUGAAAGGUGACUGUGCCACCUGUAGGGGCAUAACAUGUUAAUUAAGUUAGUCUUAGAACCACUGUUAGAGACGAAAGGAUUUACCGGUACUUGUGAUAUUAUGCCAACACUCAUUUUCUAGAAUAAACAAAUCUUGUGCUCUUAUCA